UUUGAUGCUGCAUCUCAUUUAUCAGAGUCCAAACAAAGAGCUGGAGAAGAGUCAAAGAUGCCUCUUCCAUGCCUCGUCAGACCUGAUGACAAAGAAACAUGUGAUGCAUCGAGACCUCCUAAAACAAAUCCUACAAAGGUAGAUGACGGGAGUUCAUAUAAGAAAACCUCUACAAACCACAUAGAUUCUCUCGACCAAACCGAUCAACCGCCACCUGAUGUCUCCUCCCAUGAAGGUUCUUCAGUAGCAGCCACCUCUGGUUCACUUCUGAAAACCCUCUUCCAGUCCCUGGGCCCGUAUCAACAGGAUGUAGAACAACAGGGCAGUGUUGAGAUCAGUGUCUCUUCAGAAAGUGAGAAGAAAGAUGAAGGCAGCACCGGGUUCAUCUGUGUGGAGCAACAGCAGAGGAGUACAAAAAAGGGGAGAAGAAAGAAAAAGCUGAAGGCUCAGGAUUCCCACAAACAAUCCGCUGAGAAAACGGCUGCACACACAACAUCUUGCACGCACAGCUUUCCAAUCAGAGCAUUUCCACUGAUGACUCAGCCUCACACCCGACAGACUCUGAAGCAAACCUCAGAGGGGAGAACGUGUGUAAAGGGGAACGUUGCAGUCACACCACUCAAGGACCUUUUUAAGACAUUAGACCCCACUGUUUUCCACUUCAGACAUUAAUGUUGGGAUUACUCUUGGGUUCACUCUAAUAAUCUUGAUUUUUAAAAUAUGAGAUGCACUUAUGUACUUUUUUUAUGCGAAUGUUCAAACUGUGAAAAUCAAGUAAAUCAUGCAUGAUUCAAAGCUAAAUGUGAUCUUUAUAACCUUUAUGUGUUCACUUUUAUAUCAGAGCAGUUCAGUGUUAAUUCAGAGUUUUUUCAGUUACUCCAGAUAUCUGCUGA